UAUAUAGUCCCCCAUGCCGGGUUAAACUAGGUGAUGGAUGCUUUAAAUAGUUGUUGGAAAUAUUAUAAAUGCCAAAUUAAGAAGAAACACUUCUAUGCAUAUGAUACGGAUGAUUUAAGGUGGGAACAUAAACCAGAUACAAUCUCCGAUCAGAUGUUCCUAGAUCUUCUACAAUAUUGGCAUACUGAUGAGGCGAAGGCAAUUAGCGACAGCAACAAAAGCAAUCGUCUAAUGUUAGAUGAUAUGCACACUUUGGGACGCAAAUCAUAUGCUAUUUUACACCAUGAGUUGCAACAACAAGAUCCAGACAAGAAAGAACCUUCUCAAGCAAAGGUUUACAAGGAAUUAAGAAAAAGAAGUGCUAAAAGGACAUACAUUAGCAGCUUUGAAAAAGCAAAAGAGAAUAUUGAAAAAAUUGAUGCUUUGGAGCCAGCACAAUCACAAGAAGAUGGUAAUGUAUGCAAUGACCCUUAUAGUGAAGUGAUUCCAUCUCCUAAACGCAAAAGUUGUUUGCAUCUAUAUGGCUCGGGUGUGAAGAAGAGUGAUUUGAAGAACAAAGAUAUAAAGUCAAAUUACAUACUCCUGGAGGAAUUCCUAGUAGGCAUAAGAACACAAUUAGUCCAAGAAAUUGCACCUACCAUCACCGCUGCAGUUUUGGAUUUGCUUCCCGAGGUGAACCCUGGGAUUAAUCUUGUGGUUCCUAGUACUCUGCAGCAAUUGACUCCGCAUGAUGCAUCUAGUGCACCAAAUCGAAAUACUGCCCAAAGUGGACAAUCUUCAAAAUCAUUUAAUCAGGUGCUUGAUGACGAUGAGCUACCCCGGGAUGAAUGAAGUAAGGACUAAUGUUGAUUUUAUGUAUCUAUUGCAACUUCUAGAGAGCUUUCAAAUUAAACGUUUGUUAAUUAAUUAGCUAGUGAACUUUCAUUUAUAAUUAGUUAGUAUUGACACUUCGUUUACUUUUGUAAU